GAAACAAACAGGAAAGUAGAAGAAUGUAGGUGGGAAGGUUGGAUUCGGAAAAAACGAUGAAGAAGCUGAGAUGGGUAAUGGACGGAGAAGGCUUCUGGGAGGUCGACGCGUCGACGCCGAGGACAGUCGACGGGCUGGCCCGGCCCGUCCCCGGCGACACGCUUCCGUUGGGUCUUUCUCGAGGCCCAAAGCUUUCGAGGCCCAAACAGAUUGACUUCUUUCAACGCUUCAUGGCUGCCCCCUUCGUUCCUUCCUACGCCGGCGACCAUGGCUUCGCUUUACAACGUGUUCUCACCAUCCCUUUUGCCCACAACUGGUUUACUGCAGUAGUGGGUCAGUUCAAUGUGCAGAAAUUUGUUUCUUCCAUGAAGGGUAGUGGAGAUACUCAACACUCUUCAUCUUCAUGGCUGCAAAAAGUUAGAAGCCACUUAAAGGAUAAAUCUUUGUACGCUGUCGGUUUUUGCUCGGAGUUGUUGUUGACACCUGAUGAUACUCUGCUAGUUAGUUUAGACAGAUAUGCUGAAAAGGACUUGUCUCGGAAGAAAGCAGUUUUUCAUCACAAGUUUCCAUAUCACGAUUUAAUGGUGGAAGCGGUUUGGCCAGGACUUUUCAUCGACAAGGCUAAUAACUACUGGGAUGUGCCAUUUUUAGUUGCGGUUGACUUGGCCUCUGUUGCUUCCCCUUCUGGUUCAAGUUAUCACCUGUCUGCACUCCAUAAUUCAGGCUCGCCCGAGAGGUUUCAUAGUGAUGGGAAUGAUCGAGUGCCCACUUGUCUACGUCCUGGUUUGUCUCUCAGAGGUGCUUUGGCAUUUAAGAAGGAUAUUGAGUUUUGGAGAAGUAAUGCUCCAAAGUUGAAAAUGGUGCAACCAUUCGAUAUGUUCCUUUCAAAUCCCCAAGUUUCAGCUUCUGGGAUCAUCGGUGCUGCUGCCACUGCUUUUUUUGGGGAUAAUACGGAGAGGCCAAGAACAGAAGAAGCUUUUCAGGGUUUUAGAGGUUUUAAUUUCGAUUAUGGUGCAGUAAAAUCUGCCUUUGUUGGAGAUAUGUUUGGAUCGGUAUCAUUUACAGCCCAGCACGGGAACUUCCAGCGGCUGUUUCUUGAUCUUACCAGAUUUCAAGCCCGCCUGGAUUUUCCUUCCGGUUCCAAAUUUCUUUCAGGCGCAGCACGCUUAGCGCAAGAUUUUGUCAAUUCUCAACAGCCAAGUUUUGAUGCUCUGCAGGCUGUUUGCCCUAAUAUACACCUUUCUUUUCAGCAGCAGAUUGCAGGGCCUUUCAGUUUUAGGGUUGAGUCGGGAAUCACAAUUGAUUUGAGGAAUCGCGAUUGGAAUAUCUGCAUUGAAGAACCAAUUUUUGCCAUAGAACACGCAUUACAGGUCCUUGGUUCGGCUAAAGCCAUUGCUUGGUAUUCCCCAAAGCAACAAGAAUUCAUGGUCGAGCUUCGUUUCUUUGAGACAUAAACCAUGUUCCCUCAAUUGGUUUUAGGAAUUCCAUCUGCUCUCGGCAGGUUCCUAGUUUUGGCUUGUUCCAAAUAUCUCCAACAAUGGAAUUUACGAAAGCCAUGACUGAUUGGAUCUUCUACACCUUUGAGAUUAGCUUUUUGGGGACUAUUCGUCUAAAUACUCACCAAUUAGUAUCAGAUAAAAAUUAAGAUGCUAUAGAGGAAUGAGUUUUGGCUUCUAGUGAGUCCAUAGUCUUCAUCCUAAAUGGGGAAACAACUAUUAGAAAAAUAGAAAAGGAAAAGUUGGCGCCUUCAAGUAUUAUGCACGUAGCCGUGGGAAAAGAAAAAUGCUUUGGACACCACAAAUAAUAAGCACUGCAACUAAUAGGGCAGGUGAGGAAUGGUUGAGGCUUUAAUUUGUUGCUAAAAUGUGUUUACUUGCUGGUAAUAGUGUUUGGACCCAAGUGAUGUAGUUAUCGUUCAGAUUUUUAUUUUUCCUUUUCCCCUUCAACUUACCUUAUUUUGCUUUCUAUUUGGCAAUUAAAAGCUAAUAUGCAUAAAAUUUAAAUCA